AUGGGCGUCAAGUCCAAGAAGAAGGCUAAGACCCGGCUGGACGCGUACUACCGUCUGGCCAAGGAUCAGGGGUACCGCGCCCGCUCUGCCUACAAGCUGAUCCAGCUGAACCGCAAGUAUGACUUCCUCGCCAAAUCACGCGUCCUCGUCGACCUCUGCGCAGCGCCUGGUGGUUGGUGCCAGGUGGCGGCGCAGCACAUGCCGAUAGGCUCUAAGAUCGUCGGCGUCGAUCUUGUACCUAUCGCGCCGAUCCGCGGCGUCAAGACCUUCGUUGGCGACAUCGUGGAUGAUAAGACGCGCAAGAUGAUCGUCACGUACCUGAAGAAGGAGCCGGUCGACUGUGUCAUUCACGAUGGUGCGCCAAACGUCGGUGGUGUCUGGUCGCGCGAUCUUUUCGACCAAAACGCGCUCGUACUGGCGUCGGCCAAGAUGGCGUGCUCUAUGCUGAAGGCAAGCGGCUGGUUUGUUACGAAGGUCUUCCGCUCGCCGGACUUCCACAACCUCCUCUGGGUGUUCAAGCAGCUCUUCGAUAAGGUCGAGGCGACGAAGCCGCAGGCGUCUCGUAUGGAGUCUGCCGAGAUCUUCGUUGUCUGUGCCGGUUUUAAAGCCCCCAAGAACAUCGACCCCGCCUUCUUCAACCCGCAGAAGGUCUUUGCUGAGGUCGGCGAGGAGAAGAUUGUCUCCGCCUCCGGCCUGCUUGUCACCCCUAAGUCCGAUGUGCCGAUAGGGUACGACGAAUUCGCGACUGUCUCACACCGUGUCGCGUCCUUCUCCGACUUCCUCCGCGCCGAUGACCCCAAGGGGUUUCUCAAGAUACACCAUGAGCUGCGCUUUAGCGACGAUGUGGACAAGGCGUACCUGAAAUCGAAGAGCUCCAAGAAGGAGCUGGUGUACCUCUGUGGUGAUCUUCAGCAGGUGGGUGAGGCCGACCUCCGGCGCAUGCUGCGGUGGCGUGAGCAGCUGCUGCGCGAGCAAGCUCGCCACAUCCAGGCCGACGCGGUGGGCACUGAAGAGGACGGCGACGCGGACAGCAUGGUCGGCGGGACCGGCAGCGACGGCUGCGACGACGGCGACGAUGAAGAUGACGGCCAGAGGAAGCGCGACUACUACUUUGACUUUGACAGCCCUGAGGGUGUCACACAGAUCGCGCGUGAGCUGCUCGAGAUUCGCAAGAAGAAGGCUAAGGAGUUGAAGAAGAAGCAGAAGAAGGUGGUGGAUCGCAAACUGAAGCAGAUCAAGGGCCUCAUCAACUAUGACCCCAACAUGAGCGCCGAGCAUAUGACGGAGGCCGAUGGGUUCGACUACCAAGGCACUCACACUGACGCCUUCGACGAUGAUGGCGACACUGCGGCAGGCGACGAGGACGGCAAGCCUGAUGAGCUCGAUCAUUUUACUGUGGAGCAGCUCGGGCUCAUCCCGGAGAAGGAGCUGGCUCACAUCAUGGACACAACUUGGACGGGGCCGGAGGACUGCGGCAACGAUCCGCUGAACCCCGUCAUGUCGGUCAACCUCGCCGCUCAGGAUGACUGGGACUUGGGGGAGAAGGAGAACAGUGACGGAUCAGAGGCCGAAGGUGCCGACGAUGGAAUGCCGCACUCAAAGCAGCUCGUUGAGGGGGAGGAGUACUUCAUGGAUGUCGACAACUACGGCAACUACGUCCCGGCGCAGCGCUCGACGCGCGUGACGCUGUACGAGGCAGGGUUGGAGGGUCACGAGGACAGCAAUGAUGCGGAGGCGACAGACGAGACGCCGGCAUCCAAGAAGAAGCGUGUGAAGGCAGAGAAGGAUGCGGCGCAGCUUGAGGAGGCGGGUAAGAGCAGCAAGUGGCAGCGCCAUCAGCUAAACAUCGAAAAGGUGCUGAACGACACCUUUCCAAAGCCGAAGGAUCACAAUCGUGCCAAGAACAAGAAGCGACAGCGUUUCUUAGAGGAGGAGCGCAUCACCAUGAGCGCGCCAACAGAGAUGGCAGACCCGGAUAAGCGCAAGCGCGUGCGCACGCGCUUUGAGGACGACGACAAUGACGACAGCGAUGCCUCUGCUAGUGAGCUGUCCGAGGAGCUGAGCGAUGGCGACCUCGAUGACUACGAGAUCAACCGUGGUCGCGAAGACUCGCGCCGCAAGCGCAAGCUCGUCCCUGACAUCGGCAAGGCCACCACACAGGAGCUCGUGCGGCAGCAGCGGAAGCAAGCCCUGCAGGACAACAAGGAAGUGCGCAAGCAGAACAAGCGUAAUAAGAAUAACACAAACAGCGGCAAGCAUGUCAGUGGCAAGGAGGACACCGAGUUUGAAGAGAUCCCGAUUGCCAUGACGGAUCCCGACAUCCGCGCUCGCACGCUGGCAAUCGCGCAGAAGAUGCUGGACCCCAAGGCGCGCCGCGACAUCCUUGACGCCUCUGUUAACCGCUACGUAUUCAACGACGACGAUGACUUGCCUGACUGGUUCGUGAAGGAUGAGCAGCGCAACUGCCGUGUUGUGCUGCCCGUGACCGCGGAGGAGAUCGAGGAGCAGCGCCGCCGCUUUCAGGAGCUGAACGCACGGCCGAGCCGCAAGGUGAUGGAGGCGAUGGGCCGCAAGCGCCGGAAGGCUCAGCGCAUGCUACGUGGCUUGAUUGACAAAGGCAAGGCCGACCCUCGCGCGCGCGAGAAGGCUAGCAAUCUUAGCGUGCGCAAGCUGAUGCGCUCGCAGGUGGUGAAAGGCCAGGGAAAGAAGAAGCACAAGUACCUCGACCGCCAACUGAUGGGCCGCAUGCGGCGCGAGAAGCAGAAGCUGAAGCGCCGGAAGUAA